GGACCUGUCCUCGAGGAGCCUGAUUGGAGCCGGUGAACGACGGGAUGGGCUAUUUUAUUUCAGACGGGUACCGGCCUUGCAUCAUGUUCAGACAUCCUUGGGAAUCUCGGCGUUUGAAUUGUGGCAUCGUCGUAUGGGCCAUCCUUCUGAUAGGGUAUUAAAGUUAUUACCUGCAUUUAAUUCUAGUUCGUCGCAGAAAAAGUUGAAUAAGGCUUGUGAAGUGUGUCCGCAAGCCAAGCAAGCACGUGAUUCUUUUCCUAGUAGUACUCACAAAGCUAGUGGAAUUAUUGAACUUGUUCAUUGUGAUUUGUGGGGUCCGUAUAAAACCCCAUCUACAUGUGAUGCUAUUUAUUUUCUCACCUUUGUGGAUGAUUUUUCCCGUGCUGUUUGGGUUUAUUUACUGCGUGACAAGAAGGAGG